AGCAUUAUUUAGAUCUUUAUAAUUUUUUCAUCAUUAUUUAAUAAAAUCGAAUUUUUAAACAAUUUAAAUUAUUCAAUCUAAUUAGAAUGAUGUAAAAGUUGUCAAUAUGACGUCCAUUUUAAAAAGAAAACAUAGAAUGAAUGGUGGGGGCAAAUCUCAUAUCACGCAUGUGGUGUAAUGUGCACAUUUUAAAUGGCUGCCGUGAAAAAUUGAAAAACUGGAAAAGUGUGAAAAAAAGACGUUUUUAUGUUGAGAAAUUAUAUCAAGUGAUAAUAGUGAAUUAUAUUAGAAAAAAUAAAUACAAAAAUAAUGGUAAAAAUGUAUAGCCUCAAACCGAUAAUAGAUCAGGAUAUAACGAUUAACCGUCCGAUAUGUAUGUACGAGAUGAAAAAUAUUCAUGACGAUAGCGACUUGAAACUGAAGUGCAGAAUAGUCUCAGAGGUUACUGGCCACUUUAUAAAUUCUCUUAAGACUCCAUCAGCUGAAGUAACAGCGUUAGAGGAAAGACAGAAAAAAAUUCUAGUACAAUUAGCAGAACUUAAAAACCAAGUUUUAACACUUUGUAACGUUUUAAAUAAGAAUAACAAUCAAAAAGUUCAAUCAGUCACUCCUAUAAUAAGGUAUCAGAUUCAUUCUGUUCCUGAAAUAGUGCUAAAUGUAUCACGAUCAAAACCUUGUUAUUCACUUUUAGCUCUAGGCAGACUUUGGACUGAUAUAGACUUUAAAAUAUCACCAUUCAUUCAUUCCACUAUUAAAUCUGAAAUACCAAAAGGAUUCGAAAACACUCGAUCCAAUGAUAAAGCGAAUUCAAUUAAUAUAAUUCUGAUUUGGAAAGAAGUUCCCAACACCGAACUUAUAAUCUCUGGUGUUCAAAAAUUUCCUAUAAUCGGUGAAUCAAAUUUUCUUCGAUAUCUAGUCCGAUCUAUCAAUGAUGGAACAUAUGAGAAUCCUGAAUCAAUACAGGAGACAAUGAAAAUUGAUAAAAUUCUUGACCUGUCAAAUCUACUGAUCCACCAAAGUCAAGAAAAUAAGCAAAAAACAUUAGAUGAAUUGAACAGAAGCUUGAAAUCCAAUACGUGGUUUUCUGAUCACAACGAACCAGGAAUUUCUGAUUUAGCAGCUUGGUCAGCAGUGAAACAAUCUUUGGUAGAAAAAUUGCCUUCCAAUCUUGUAGGUUGGUACAAAAAAUGUGAAAACUUAUUCUUAAAAUAACUUAUUCAAUAUAAUUGAAUAAGAAAUAAAUGUACAUAAUUUUGAUUAUUGAUAAAUUUUUCAUAAAUUUUUUAUUAAAUGCAA